UCAUCAGGGACUCUUUGUUGUGUUCCCUGUCAGGGAGGUCACUGGUGGUAGCUGGGUACCAUCUAGUUCUUCUGGGGUUAGGCUGAUGGAGUCUCUGGUUUAUGUGGCCCUUUUGUCUCUUGACAUUGCCUUAUUUUUACAGCGUAGUGGCAGACGGUGUACUGUUGAGGUCCUGCCUCUCAGUUCUCAAAUGAAGUGAUCCUUUUUACCUGACUUGGACAGAAAAGCUCUGUGAAUUUUGAUUGGAGUUGGUUCAGUUCCAUAGUAUUUAUCAGGAAGUGUCCUAGGAUCUGGAGACAAAGCAAGGCAGGCACUAGACUGAAGAGUGGUUUCUGGAUUGGGGGAAAAAAAAAGUUGCCAUUGAGUUGAUCCCAACUCAGUGGCAACCCCACGUGUUACACAGUAGUACUGAGCUAUCUAGGGUUUUCUUGGCUGGAAUCUUUACGGAAGUGGAUUACCAGGCCUUUCUUCUUAGGUGCCUCUGGGUGGACUCAAAUCACCAACCUUUUGGUUAGUAGGGGAGGGCAAACCUUUUGCACCACCCAGAGGCCUGAUUGGGCAACAUGGGAUCCUUACUACAGAAGAGGUACAGUGAGCUGUGGGAGAGGCAGAUUUGCUUCAUUUAGGAGGGGCUUGAAGCUUGACUUGGAUGGACGGUAGAAUUUUCACAAGUGGCGAUGUGGGAAGUGGAAGGGAAGAGAAUAGUCCCAGCAGUGGAAAUUCUACAGGGAAGGACACGGGAUCAGGGUGCUUUCAGAGGAGGAGGAGGGAUCCUGCCUGGUUUAAGAAUAGGGUUAGCCAGAACCUCGAAUUCCUAAAAAACAAAAACAGACCUAUUGGACUGGCUGAGACUGGAGGACUCCCUGAGACUGUUGCCCAGAGAUACUCUUCAGACCGUGAACCGAAACUAACCCCAAGAUCACCCUGUAGCUAAAUAACAGAUUGGCUCACAAAAUAAUGAAUAUCAACUGUAAGUACUGUGCUCUGAAACCAAAUGGUCAACAGUUUUUUUAAAACAAAGAUGACAGUGUUAGGGGGCAGGGAAAUUCAAUUAAUGGAAGUGGAACAACCAGGACAGAAAUAAUGAGAAGGUUUACGCAGUGUGAAGAAUGUAACCAAUGUCACAGAACAACUUGUGUAGAAAUUGUUGAAUGGGAACCUACUGCUGUGUAAACCUUCACCAAUAACACGAUAAAAUAUUAUUUUAAAAAGAAAUAGUGAUGUGGUAUGGUGAGAUGCUGAGUGAGGGUUUUGACUGCUGCACCACUGGCUUUGAGUUUUAUUUUGUAGGUGUCUGGCUUUCGUAGUGGGGGAAAAAUAAGUCCACAGUGUACCCCAUAAGCAGUCACUCCACCACAUAACCCAUCAGCUGAACAACAAAAAGGACCCUUGAGGGCAAUCGAGAGAAAAGUUGCAGACGCAUUAGGAAUGAGGAUCACCAUAUGUAUUUCACAGAGCCCUGGUUUCUAAAUAAUGUCUUUCAGCAUUGACUCUACACCUUUUACAGAGGCGGUCAUCGAAGUAUUAGCAGUGUCUGAAAUGUUGGCAAGCACCUUAUUCCAGCAAAGACUCACAUGAAUUCAUUACCCUGGAUCAGAAGUAAGGACGACUGGAGUGGGCUUGCUGGGCUAAAAUUGCCCUUGCGAUCAGUUCUCAUGCUCCAAGGCAUAAACUGCAGCAAGGAGUCUGCGGAACAUGAACAAGUGGAUGCCCAUCGCCAAGGAGUAUGACCCACUGAAAGCCGGCAGCAUCGAUGGCACCGACGAAGAACCACAUGACCGGGCAGUCUGGAGGGCAAUGCUGGCCCGCUAUGUCCCCAACAAAGGCGUCACAGGAGAUCCCCUUCUCACCCUGUUUGUGGCCAGACUCAACCUGCAGACCAAAGAGGACAAGUUAAAGGAGGUGUUUUCCCGAUACGGUGACAUCCGGCGGCUUCGGCUGGUUAGGGACUUGGUCACCGGCUUUUCAAAAGGCUACGCCUUCAUAGAAUACAAGGAUGAACGUUCCCUGUUGAACGCUUACAGAGAUGCAGAUGGCCUCGUCAUCGACCAGCAUGAGAUAUUUGUGGACUAUGAGCUGGAAAGGACUCUCAAAGGGUGGAUUCCUCGGCGGCUCGGAGGAGGUCUCGGGGGGAAAAAGGAAUCUGGGCAGCUGAGAUUUGGGGGACGGGAUCGGCCUUUUCGAAAACCUAUUAAUCUGCCUGUUGUUAAGAACGAACUCUACAGAGAGGGAAAAAGGGAAAGGAGGGAGCGGUCUCCGUCCCGGGAAAGACACUGGGACUCGAGGCCGAGGGAUCGAGACCACGACAGGGGCCGUGAGAAGCGGUGGCAGGAAAGAGAGCCAGCCAGGGUGUGGCCUGAAAAUGACUGGGAGAGAGAGAGGGAUUUUAGAGAUAACAGGAUCAAGGGCAGGGAGAAGAGGGACAGAAGUAAAUGGAGGCUCAACAGUAAAAUAGAAGAUGAAGAUAAAGCCUAAGUGAUUUGCAUGGACUUUUUAUACAAAGUGUAAGUCUCGAGUGAAUAAACGUCACUGAUGAU